AUGGGACAGGAACCAGGGGUAUUUCAUCACCCCUCGGUAAAUCCGCACGCAAACGACUCGGAACACUGCCGCGCCAAAGAAGAUACUCCACUCCACGCCGAAGCUCGAGACCCCGAGCGAUGCAUCACGAAAUCCCAAGCCCGAGUCCUGACGAAGAAUUUUGCAUACUUUCUCCGAAACUCAUAUGGCAUUGGUGCUACCGGCCCAGACAAAGAUGUCGUGGUGACGGUGUCGACUGGCCAGUCUGCACUCGCGUGCUUGUUCUUCGGCGUCAUUGCCGCCGAUGGCAUUUACUCUGCUGCCUCCCCCGCGAGCACAGUAAAGGACCUGGCGAGACAGAUACGCGAUGGACCCGGAAAUUUGGUUGUCUGCAGUCGGGAUUUAAAACAAUUGGCCGUUGAUUCAGCGAAGAGCGCCGGGUUGUCCGAGCGGAAUGUUCUGGUGUUGGACAGCCACCCAGAGAUUAAACUUGAAAGUGCUGAUGGGACAUUGGUUUGCGAUUUAAAACACAGCCUUGACUGGAGAAAAAUUACGGAUCCUAGAGAGCUGGAGAAGAGCAAAAUUUGCAUCCUGUACUCAUCUGGCACGACUGGUCUUCCCAAGGGCAUGCUCAUUUCUCACACCAACAUAGUCGCCGAAGCCACGAUGCCGGCUGCAGUAAGUCGCCCCAUAUUUGACGAAGAAGCCCGCAAAGGAAAUCCCUACCACCAUCGAACCCUCGGGCAUCUUCCAACUGCCCACAUCGCCGGUGUUCAAGGGUAUUUCAUCAACCCCUUCUAUGAAGGCGGUAUCGUCUACUGGAUGCCAACUUUCAAGUUUGACGACUUUCUCCGCUACUGUGGCGAGCUGCGUAUAACGGGAUUCUUCACUGUCCCGCCAAUUUACAUGGCUAUUGCAAAGCAUCCUGCUGUGAAAGAUCAGUUCCGUCAUAUGAGGAGUGCGGUCAGUGGUGCGGCUCCUUUGACGGGGGAGCUGCAGCAGGCAGCAACGGAAAAGAUGAAAAUGAGUGCUUCAGUGGUACAAACAUGGGGAUUGAGUGAGACAACGGGGGCUGCCACGAUUGUUCCCCCAGGGACGCCAGUAACAAUGGGCAGUCUAGGGUCUCUUCUGCCAAAUAUGCUUAUGAGGCUGGUAGACGACGACGAGAAAGAUGUCCAACCGGGUGAGCCUGGCGAGGCAUUCAUCAAAGGACCUAUCGUCACGCAAGGCUACCAUAACAACCCCGAAGCGAACAAAAGUUCAUUCACAUCAGAUGGCUGGCUUCGUACUGGAGAUAUCCUGGAAAUGAGGGGAACCGAACUCUUCGUCGUCGACAGGAAGAAGGAAUUAAUUAAAUACAAAGGGCUGCAAGUCGCUCCCGCCGAGCUCGAAGGCCUCAUCGCAUCUCACCCGGCGGUUGUCGACGCAGCUGUCAUCGGCAUCGCUCAGAAUGGCACAGAGGUUCCCCGAGCAUACGUUGUCCUCGCCCCGCUAGCCAAAGGAAAGAUAUCGGAGGAUGAUUUGGUCGAGUUUGUGCGGUCGAAGGUAUCAGACCAUAAACGGCUGAGGGGCGGCGUUCGCUUCAUUGAGGCCGUGCCACGGAGCCCGUCGGGGAAGAUUUUGAGGAAGGAGGUGAGGGAAAUGAGGAAGAUUGAAGAGAGGGAUUCGAAACUGUAAUACAAAGGAUGGAAGGGUUUUGAAUGAGAUGCUUUGCAUCUUUCUCUGGCUUACUUAUGACGAUAUAGUUCUCUUCAAUUAUUCCACCCUCGUCUAAGUGGCAAAACUACGCGCGCACUUCGAAUCUGUCUCGCCAACUGAUAUAAUCCAUCUAAAAUAAAUACCCAAGAGACGGCAUCCAUCCAUUACCCAACUGUCAACCGGUUUAUCCUCUUCACCUUGAGAGGAUUUACGACUCUAGACUU